CUUUCUGAUAACGCCCCUAUGUCAGCCGACGCCUAUAUGAUCUUCACAAGGUAUGACUUGACAUUUCCUGGAAUUUCCGUCAUAGGUGUUGCCACCCUUGAUACUCUGUGCACAAACAUCCCUGUGAGCAUUACCCAAAACAUCCUUGGUGGUUCUGUUGGGGCACUUGCUGCUCAUGAACUUGGACACAUCUUGGGUUUACGACAUGACUCCGACAUUGGCUGCAACGACACCGACCGCUUUGUAAUGUCAGCUACUAGUGUAUUACGACUCCCCUCUCCUCUCGCUCCGUCUAAUCUCUGGACCUUCUCGUCAUGUUCUGUGGAGACUUUAAAGACUACUCUAUCUACUGCUCAAAGCGCUUGUGCUCUCAACACCUCCAUAUCCGGUUCUAUUCUUUCAACGGACGGACGACGCGCAGGUCAAACGAGUAAUAGCGAUCAGCAGUGUGUAGCACUACGGGGACCUCAGUCGAGGUUUUGCAGGGCUGUCUCACCUUACGAAAAUGGAAACAAUUUUGACUCGAUGUGCCGGGUUCAGUACUGUUUUGGAGGUGGAAACCUGUGCUAUGGGAUGAGUCCCUUAGAACAUACAUCAUGUGGCGAUAAGAAGUGGUGUGAACGUGGGGUGUGUGUCUCCAAUGCUGCAGCUCCAGCAAAAUCAGCCAAGUGUCCUCAAGGGGAUCGUCCGGGGUAUGGUUGUCAAGCGUCGAAAUGCGCGACCUACGCAGCAUUCCAGCUGCUGUUGUGUUGUGCCACGUGCGCUGAACAGAUUCCUCAGAAAACGACCACAGUGAGAUUCGUCGUUUUCCAAACCUUACCCGGCGUCCAAUUAUUCGGAUAGACAAACCAAUGAACCGGAUGACAUAUUUCAGUCUACUUGUCGACUGUAUUUAGAUAUUUAUCAAGGAUGUUUUGAAAUUCUGCAAUGAUGUGUGACACAUUUACAUAUCAACACAUUUAACUGUAUUUGCAAUAAUAUUAGGUGUUAUUAUAUUCGUAUUGUUCUCAGUGACGUAGAUAAUGCCAUGAUUCUAACUUUCCCAUAAUUGUAAAACUAUUCUUAAUACAGGCUCAUCUGUAAAUGUCAGAUGCAAAUGUUUCUGUGACGUACACAGCCACUGUGUUAAAGGAUUAAUCAAAUGUUAUCCCUGUUGUGAUGAGUCCUUCGUCGGUACAAAAUGAUGCCAGUGUUACCGUGGUCAGUGUUGAAUUUCUUAAUCUUCGAAUUCAUGAGUGGGAUUUGUUUGCUUGUUACUUGUCGCCACAUUGAGCAAUAAAACAGCUAUAUGAUGGUGGUCUGUGAAUAGCCGAGUCUGGACCCGAGAAUCCAGCGAUUGAUAUUGUGAGCAACAAUUCACACCGUUGUGGUACGAUGACACACAAUCAUGAAGUCACCAAACCUAAAUAGUCGAUCGAUUUAGUCAUAUCUUACAACCAGCAUAGGUUGCUGGGGACAAAUUCUAACCCGGAAUCCCAACGACUGUAACUUAACGUCACUUUGGAAAGUGAGGUCGGCUGUAAUUUUCCAGAAUACCUUAGGAGAAAAUGUUGUCUGUAUUUCAUGAAAACUGGAAAUUCUGACUUGAUGUGUGACACAUUUAUAUAUCAACACAUUUAAUAUAAUAUUAUUGGUUCAAUAGUCUUUUCCUAUGUUCGAAGUCAGUGUUUUGGAUAGCACGACACACGUACAAGAAGUGAUUUUGUCCAAGCUCAAUGAUUAUGACAAAGACAUAUACUUCAGAAUCAUUAUUGUACAUAUAAACUCAAUAUACACGAACGGAAAAA